GUACGCAGCAGCAGCAGCAGUGGUAGCAGCAGCAGCAGUAGCAGCAGCAGCAGCAGCAGUAGCAGCAGCAGCAGUAGCAGCGGCAGGAGCAGCAGCAAUAGCAGCAGCAGUAGCAGUAGCAGCAGCAGUAGCAGCCUCAGUAGCAGCAGCAGUAGCAGCAGCAGUAGCAGUAGCAGUAGCAGCAGCAGUAGCAGCAGCAGUAGCAGCAGCAGCCAGCCACAAGUGCCGCUGCGACUGGCGGCGAUGCUCGUUGCCAGCAGCAGCAGCAGCAGAAGCAGCAACAGCAGCAGCAGCAGCGUCAGCGAUUACGAGGCUGAGGAAUUGUCGUUUGCUGCUGCUGCUGCUGCUCUGGCUGCCGAGCUGCUUAAAGCCUGCGCCGUAAACAGCGACAGCAGCAGCAGCUCCUGCGCACUACCAGCAGCAGCAGCAGCAGCAGCAGCAGCAGCAGCGCCAACAUCGCUUUGGCUGCAGGUGCUUAAAGCAGCAGAGGCUAUUGAAGAAGAAACAAAAGGAAAGGUGAGUGCAGCGAAGCAGCAGCAGCAGCAGCAGCAACGUACUGGCCAUAAGCGGAAGAGGAUUAAUCUAGACUGGGUUUGUGUCUGGCCGCUUCUGCAGCAACUGCCUGCGGACCUUGGCUUCUCCCUGGCAGCAAGGCUUGCCGAAGUACAGCAAACAGCAGCAGCAGCUGCAGCAGCAGCAGCACCAGGCCCUGAAGAAGAACUCGUGUUGCUGCUGACUCAGAGCCACAGAAGAAGGCUUGCUGCUAUCCAUGAUACUGCGUUGAGGCUGGCUGUCGGUCCGGAGGAGAGUGCGCAACAGCAGCAGCAGCAGCAGCAACAGCAACAGUUGGAACCGCGGCAGCAGCUGCUGCAUCUGCUGCUGCUGCUGUCGCACUGCGAGACAAUGGGAGAAGAAGCAGCAGCAGAAGCGCUGGAGCAUCUUAUGGAGAAGGUGUUUCCUGCAGUGUCCAAGACUUUUGCUUCUCAAGGGGCGAACAGCAGCAGCAGCAGCAGCACAGAGUGCGGCCCUUGUCCGCUCCGUGGGGAGGCUCUUUGUCUGCUGCCAAGUAGCAGCAGCAGCAGCAGCAGCAGCUACAACAGCGACUGCAGCGUCUCGGCUGCUUCCGCUUCGCGUAACGGCCAAGGAACUGACAGCAGCAGCAGCAGCAGCAGCAGCAGCGACAAGCUGGCUGCGUUUAUAAGGGCUCUGUUGCUGUCUCCUGGCGUUUCUGCUGCUGCGCUAGAGGAAGCCACAGGUCAGCUGCUGCCGCUUUUGCUACUGGCUGCUGCAGCACGAAGCAGGAGCAGCAGCAGCAAUAGCAGCAGCAGCAGCAGUUCGCCGCUGGUCUCGAAGGAGGAGAUGCGGGACAUCUUGCUGCUGCGCCCUGCAGCAGCAGCAGCAGCAGCAGCAGCAACGCCAGUCUUUACUGAUAGUCCUUCGCUUCACAGCGCUGCAGCUGCUACACGUCCUGCUGCAGCGACAGUCGCAGCAGCACAAGCUGCCUCGGCAGCAGCAGCAGCAGCAGGCUUGCAGCUCCUGCCCCCUUGCGCUGCAUGCGGCGUUUCAGUUGACUUUGAAUCUACAACAGCAGCAACAGCAGCAGCAGCAGCAGCAGCAACAGCAAUUUCAAACUGCAGGGGUUGCGGCCUCCCGUUUGCACUGCCAGCGCUGCAUAUGUACCGCAGCUCUUUGACAGCAGCAGCAGCAGCAGCAACAGCAGCAGGAACUGCAGCAGUAGAAGCAGAGGCUCCAUACUCCGCGCUGCUGCAGCGCUGCUUAGCAGCACGAGAGGAAGGACAGUUGCUGCAGCUGGAGGCCUUGUUGCCUCUGCUGCUGCUGCUGUGUUGCUGCUGCAGCAAGCUGCUGCAGCUGCGCCAGCAGCACAGCCUUCAGCAGCAAAUCAAAUGCCUGCUGCAGUGCCUGCCCCGCAGCGCAGCUGCGCGUAGUGACCCUCUUGCAGCAGCAGCAACAGAAGCAGCAGCAGCAACAGCGAGUGCCGCUGUUGCUGGUGCUCUUCCACCUCUGGAGACUGCUGCAGCAGCUGCCAAUGCAGUAGGCGACGAGAACAGCUGCAGCAGCAGCAGCAGCAGCACGCACGAGGAGGAGCUGCUGCAGCAGGUGCAGCAGCGUCAACAGCAAAGCAGGCGAGCGCAGCACGCUCUGUGCCCGCCGCUGAUGACGCUGCUGCUGCUGUCUCCUGCUGCUUUGUUCUCUGCAUCUGAACAGCCUGGCAGCAGCAGCAGCAGCAGCAGCAGCCAGAACACCAGUGGCUGCCAGAACAGGAGCAGCAGCAGCAAGAACAGCAACGUCGUGGAGGCGAAUGCUGCUGCUGCUGCUGCUGCUGCUGUCUCCAUUUGGCUUUUGCUGCACCUUGCGCUUCGCGCUGACUCCCUGCACCUGGACUUGUGUUGCUGCUCCGAAAACAGCAGCAGCAGCAGCAGCAGCAGCACAAACGACGUGGUGGUAAAAUUAUUGGAAGAGCCGCAGCAGAAACUAGCGAAAGCCCCGCUGCUGCUGCUGCUGCAGUCGCCUAUGCUGCUGCUGAAGCUGCUGCCUCCUUUAACUGACAAGCUGCUGCUGCUGCAGGAGGCGCAGCAGCAGCAGCUCGUGCUGAAGCUGUGGGAGCAAGAAGCAGCAGCUGCAGAUGCAGCACCUCCUGGGGCUUUGCUGCAGCUGCUGCGGUCUUCUCUGCUUGCCACUCCGCGCUGCAAGCAGCAGCAGCAGCAGCAGCAGCAGCAGCAGCAGCAGCAGCUGGCCGAGGUGCGGCUGCUGCUGCUCCGGCGCUGCUCCCCGCCUUGGCUACUCCUGUAG